CCUUCACGGCGGGUCUGCGCUUCUAAGUUGCAUCGAGGAAUCGGCACAUGGCCCUACUUUACAUGGCCUCUGCUGCCCACUGCAUCUUCAGCAACAUAGCAUCGUCCCCUUCGCCCAUGGAUCUCAAGGUAGUCGUGCAGCGAGAGAUGGCCUGAAUCAUAAGUCUACCCGUGGCCGCUGGCUUCCUUUUGAGACAGCAUACCGACUCGACUUGUUGCCAAGUCGACCCGUGUGCCCCGACAUCUCCGCAACCACUCUAUUUGCAAUCAGCCGCCCGCCCUUCUA